GCACGUGCGAACUACGUGUUCGGCUAGGGUAUUUUACAAAUAAUUUCUUAUAAAACAUUAUUUGUUACGCAUAUAUAUAUAGAUAACCCCACAAUCUUGUAUAAAUCUGCUGUAACAUAUAAAUAUAAUAAAAAAAAAAAAAAUUAAAACUAAUCAUGUCGAAGAAGAAAGCAGUGCUUAUGGUCUGUUUAGGAAAUAUUUGUCGCUCUCCAAUUGCAGAAGCUAUUUUUGAUGAUAAAAUUAAAACGAUGGGUUUAAAUGAUCGAUGGGAAGUUGAUAGCGCAGCUAUUAUAGGAUAUCAUACUGGUAAAAAUCCUGAUCCGAGAGCUAUCUCUGUAUUGAAAGAAAAAGGAAUUACUAACUAUUCUCAUAGUGCUAGAAAGAUUACGCCAGGCGAUUUUGAUAAGUAUGAUUGGAUAUUUGGGAUGGACCAUGAAAACAUAGCAACCCUAAAUGAUUUAAAACCGCCGAAUAGUAAAGCAGUAGUUGAUUAUCUUGGGAAAUAUGAUCCAUUAAAUGAACUAAUAAUACGUGAUCCUUAUUAUGAUAAUCAUAACGAUGGAUUUGAGGCGGUGUUUAAUCAGUGCACAAGAUGUAUAACAGCCUUUUUAGAAAAACAUGAAGGAAGAUAGAAAAAAGAAUGGAAAUAAAGAAAACAUACUUUACAAUAACAAAGGCGAGAAAUAGAAUUAAAAUUACAAUUAAAUAAAAAAUAAAAGUCGUCCCAGUGAUAUAGCGAUAACGAGUUCGCACUGUUACGCUACUAAUGGCUCAUGCUAACUGUCUAAACAAACUAUUAUAUAAGAAUGUUAGUAAAACUUCUUUCCUCAUUUUUUCGGAAACGGUUGGAUAUUAUAUCCUACUUCUAAAGUGUAAUGUAUAAUUCUAAUGGACUUUUAAAAAUAUAUAAAGUUCAACAAAAAAAAAAUCUG